AUGUUCUCCUUGCAUGUAAUAUUCAUGAUACCUCCUGCCUCUCCCCUUCCCCCCAGUGCUGAGCAGGAAACAUAUUUGACUGUCUACCAAAACGGUGGAAGGAAGGAGGGAACAUAGAUAAACACAUACUAGGUACUAUACCUAGUAACUAGGCGUUUGACAGAAGUUUAGGACAAACUUUUUUCUUCUUCUAUAGAUACCGUUGACUUUAACCUUAGGCACCUAAUUCAAUAUUCGCAACAUUAUACUUAACCUUGUGCUGCGCACUGCAUCAAGGCAUUCAUUCCCACAUCAUUCAUGUUUCAAUAAUACCAUUCCCGUCUAACAAAAACAAGCCACUCACUCGCUCUCCUCCCGAGUCUUCACGAUGGUCAAAAUACAGAUAAUGUCGGACCUCCACCUGGAGCACGACUUCCUGUACAAGACCUUCGACAUCCCGCCCGAAGCCGAGUACCUCGCGCUGCUGGGCGACAACGGCAGCUUCCUGCACCACCGUCACCGAAAGGAGUACCUGGCCUUCCUCAAGCGCCAGCUCGAGCACUUCAAGGCCGUCUUCUACGAGGACGCCAAGGAGAUCCUCCGCGCGUUCAAGCACGACAUGGAAACGGCGGCGGCAGUCGAGGGCGACAAGCCGCUCGGCGAGCUCGUCAUCCUCGACAACAGCCGCUUCGACAUCCCCGACGAGAACGUCACUGUCCUCGGCGCCACCCUCUUCACCGGCGCGCCCGCGCCCGAGCUGCUAGACGAGUACUACAGCACCACGAGAGAGGUGUGCGGCCUGGACGCCCACAGCCACAUACAGAAGCACCACGAGUCCGCCACGUACCUCACCGACACCAUCAACGCCAUACGCUAUUCGGAUCCGUCCCGCGCCAUCAUCGUCCUGACUCACCACGGCCCGUGCAGCAAAGCGAUAGCCCUAGGCCUCGGCCGCGAGGAUACGCCCGACGAGAUCUCGUAUCGGUACACGAGCGAUUUGACGGACACCUCCGCGUGGAAGAGCACCAAUGUGAUGCUCUGGGCCUUUGGCGGCACGCACUUCAAUUGCGACUACGUCGAGGUGUCGACUCUCAAGAGGGUCUAUUCCAACCAGAGGGGGUAUAUUGGAGAGUGCGAGGACUUCGACGUCGGGAGAAUCGUCGACGUUACUCCACCUUACUAA